AUGACGCUGGGACCGUCGAAUUCAGCGAUCUGCGUGCAAAACACGUCGCAGGCAAACCAUUCCACUACGCCACCACGUCCAACAUCGCUCACGAUUCACCCGACCGCGCUCUUCUCCAUCCUCGAUCACUACCUCCGUCGUACGGACCGACAGCAUCGUGUGAUCGGAACACUCCUGGGCACGCGUCCGACGCCUUCGACCGUGAGCGUCACCCAUGCAUUUGCAGUCCUGCACUCCGAGACGGAGGAGCAGGUCGCUGUGGAUAUGGAGUACCAUCGCUCCAUGUUCGAAAUGUUCGUCCGCGGGCGUGGAGAUGCAAAUAAAGAGCAGCUCAGUAUCGUAGGUUGGUAUGCUACCGGUGGUGCAGAGAAGCAGGCAUUGCAGGGCCUUGCACAGGGCCAAGGUCAAAAUGGGCUAGGCACGUAUUCAGCCCUCAUACAGAACUUUUACGAGCAAGAAACGGCGUCAUAUCCAGCCGUACAUGUUGCUCUUGACACGGGCACGGAGGAAGGCGUUGGUGCUGGCGUGCGGGCAUAUGUCAGCUCGCCAGUAGGUGUCACCCAAAAAGCAGAAAAUUGCGUAUUCGUACCCAUCCCCUGUGAAUUGUGCUUCCACGAUACUGAACGAGCAGGGCUCGAUCUCCUCCUUUCCUCCUCAUCCUCUCCAAAUGGUACCGCAGCACCGACAACACCACUGUCGAAUCUCCACGACGCUCUCGUUUCUACGUCCUCCGCACUUUCGCGCGUGCUUGCAUAUGUACAAGCGGUUCUGCGUGGCACCGUUGAGCCUGAUCCUGCAUUAGGCCGGUAUCUAUGGAGCGUUCUUGGUACGGUGCCUGAUGAAGAAGGCGGGUGGGCUACGAGUCUACAGGAUACCCUCAUGGUAAGCUAUCUUGCAAACCUCGUCCGCGGUGAGGCAGAGGUUGCGGCAAGACUUGCGCUGGCUGGGAGUACGUAG